CUGGAUGUUCUAUCAUUCCGACAUCACACACACGGAACGUUCUCUGGAAGUUGUAUUUGGGUUUAUUUUUAGUUGUCACUCUUGCUUUGAUGUCUGAGUCAGGCUGGGUCAUGGGAUUGACUGAGACUGACUAACUGUGAACCCAGAGCAAUGCUUAUUUCUGACUCCUCUAUUGAGCUGGAUGGAGCUUUGACUUUUUUGUGUGUGUUUUGAUUGAAGAAAAUGUUAAAUGUAAUCUCUAAAGAUCCGAGACGGUCUCAAACUAGUUUUUAAAUCGCUGAAGGAGAAGUUUAAAGGCUCCAUGGGGAACAGCAGUCGGAGAACUCAGCCUCUUCUGGAGGACACGGACUACUUUAAUCCUGGAGAAGCAGAUACAGAAUCCCAGAAGUCUCACCUGUCGUCCUUCACGAUGAAACUGAUGAAGUUUCAUUCCCCGAAGAUUAAACGGACCCCAUCUAAGAAAGGCAAACAACUCCAGCCUGAGCCUGCAGUGAAAACGCCAGAGAAGCCAGUCAACAAGAAGGUGAGUCGACUGGAGGAACAGGAGAAGGAUGUGGUCAGCGCUCUGAGAUACUUUAAGACGAUUGUGGACAAGAUGAACGUUGACACCAAAGUUCUCCAGAUGCUUCCUGGUUCGGCUAGUAAAGUUUUAGAGGCUAUUUUGCCUCUGAUGCAGGUCGAGGCUCGGAUACAGCACAGCUCCGCCAUGUCCUCCUGUCACAACCGUGUUUAUCAGAGCUUGGCGACUCUGAUUCGCUGGUCCGACCAGGUGAUGCUGGAGGGCAUCGACCUCGACGACAAGGACACUGUGACGACUGUUACCACGGUGAUCAAAGCUGUGCUGGAUGGUGUGAAGGAGCUUGUGAAACUCACUAUAGAGAAACAUGACCAACCGUCCCCAACAUCCCCCAGCAAACCAGCGCCUCCUGUGGCCAAAACAGAGAGUGGGUGUGAAAAUCCUCUAACCGAAAGAGAGAAGGCCAUCCUGAGUAAGACCACGCCCAUUGUCACGCCCACUGACAGCUUGACUGACAUGUCAGAGGAGGAGGCUCCACCCAAACCUCCUCUACCAGGACCCAAACUAGCAGAGCACAGGAACAGGAUGCAGUUGUGCUCCGAUCCUGUUACCGGGCAGCGGAGGGCUACGAUGAUGGAAACUCCACCGGCUCUGCCUCCGAAGAAGCGUCAGUCGGCCCCGUCACCCACCCGUGUGGCAGUGGUGGCCCCGAUGAGCCGGGGUCCGUGUAGCCUCAGCCUGCCUCCUGGAGCCCUCAGACAGCAGCAGGACUUUGAUGUGGAUCUCCUCCAGAGGCGUUUCUCAGGCGGCAGUCAGUCAUAUGAUGGAGAAUCUCCUCGUCUUUCUCCCUGUAACAGCAUGGGAAAACUCAGCAAAUCUGAUGAGCAGCUUUCGUCUCUGGAGCGGGACAGUGGACAGUGCUCUCGCAACACCAGCUGUGAAACGCUUGAGGGAUACGAUCCAGAUUACGACUUUUUAAAUCAGGAUCUGUCCGUCUCGGAACCGCUGCCGUUUCCCACCAACACUGGCGGCAGUCUGAGCCCUCUUCCAGAGUGCAACACUGAGUCUCAAUCUCUAAGCCCCGCCCACAUCCCUGCACGCCCACGCUUCAGCGCUCCAGUAACCAAUCAGGCCUCCCUAGACUACUGGACUCCACCCCUCACACCUGGACAGGGUAAUAGCGUGCUUCCCCCUGCCCUCCCACAGAAGAAGCGCCGCUCUGCACCAAUCAUAUCGGCGUAUCCUCUGUACGAGCGCCUCCCGUCACACUACGAUAACCUAUCAGAGGAGGAGCAGCCGACGCCGCCGUUUCCACUGGUUACACCGGGGUCGCCGCAGGUCAACGGAGACGGUGUUUUACAGUACACAGACGCUGACAGUCCACCGCCUCUGCCGGAGAAAAAGGGCAAACAGAUCCUGCAAUACAUGCAGUUUGUGGAGGAUUACUCUGAGCCGCAGCCGUCCGUCUUCUACCAGCUGCCUCAGAGCGAGAGUAUUUACGAGCAGCGCAGGAACAAGCGCUUUCAGGAGGUUUACGGCCUCAACGACUCCUACAGCAGCUCCGACUCCAUUCCUGCUUCAGCUGCAGAUCCGCACGAACGGGUCCCACCACCAGCGCUGCCUCCAAAACUCAGACAACUGGCCUCCAACACUACUACUUUUCCUCCUUCAUCCUCCUCUUCUGCUUUUUCAACUCUUCCUCCUCCUGCUGGGCUUCCGGAGGAGGUGGAGCCUGCUCUUGGUCUCAGCCUAUCAGUGUCUAGCUCUUUCCUCAGUGGCCACGCCUCUUUGACCACUCCUGUGAGUUCCGAGCCGGUUGGCUUGACCAAUAGCGGCAGAGCUCUGGAUGGUGGAGGUGUCUCAAACGGGUCUUUGACCAGCUCUCUGCUCUCUCUGGCUGUCUGUCUUCCUUCUGAGUCGUCUCUCUCUGACUCGCUUCUUACCUCAGCGAGCGAAAGCAUUGAUGAAAGUGGUGAAGGAGAAUAUGUAAACCUGUACUCGUCCACACAGGCCAACGGAGAAAACACACACCGCACUGAAUCUUUAUCAUGUGACGAUGUGCUUCAAGACCACUCCCCUCACAUUCCCUCGUCCAAUAGCAAGGAGGCUCUGACUAAGGAGAGGCCGAAGGAAGCCAGUCACGGCCACAUUGAUGAUGUGGAUGAAUUAUCCCUGAUUGAUCAUAAUGACAUCAUGAACCGCAUCACACUCAAAGCAGAGAAUGAUGAUGGUCCUGAUGUGAGAGCUGGAUCUGUAGACAUACUGUUAGUUCACGCUACAGAAACAGACCGCAAAGAUUUGGUGUUGUACUGCGAGGCGUUUCUCACAACCUACAGAACCUUCAUAACACCAGAAGACCUCAUUAAAAAGCUACACCACAGAUAUACUCGCUUCUGCCACAGUCCAGACACCUUUAAGAAGCGUGUCAGUAAAAACACCUUCUUUGUCCUGGUGAGAGUCGUGGAUGAACUUUGUCUGGUAGAGUUGACCGAGGACAUCCUGCGGCAGUUGAUGGAUCUGGUGUUUCGGCUGGUCUGUAACGGUGAACUGAGUCUGGCGAGAGUCCUGCGGAAAAAUAUCCUGGAUAAAGUGGAGCAGAAGAGACUCCUGCAGCACAUGCACACACUCAGGCCUCUGGCGGCACUCGGCGUCUCUGCCAGGCCAGGAACACUGCAUGAUUUCCGCAGUCAUGAGAUCGCCGAUCAGCUAACGUUGCUGGACGCAGAACUCUUUUACAAGAUUGAGAUUCCUGAAGUCCUGCUUUGGGCAAAGGAGCAGAACGAAGAGAAAAGUCCAAAUCUGACACAGUUUACAGAGCACUUUAACAACAUGAGCUACUGGGUGCGCUCUAUAAUCAUCCAGCAGGAGAAAGCUCAGGACAGAGAGAAGCUACUGCUCAAAUUCAUCAAAAUCAUGAAGCACUUGCGUAAGCUGAAUAACUUCAACUCUUACCUGGCGAUUCUCUCGGCUCUGGACUCUGCACCGAUCAGACGGCUGGAGUGGCAGAAACAGACGUCUGAGGGUUUGGAGGAAUACUGCACUCUCAUCGACAGCUCUUCGUCAUUCAGAGCAUACAGAGCAGCGUUGGCGGAAGUUGAGCCUCCAUGUAUACCUUACCUCGGUUUGAUCCUGCAGGAUCUGACGUUUGUUCAUCUGGGAAACCCGGAUUUUAUAGAGGGGAAAGUGAAUUUCUCCAAGCGCUGGCAGCAGUUCAACAUUCUGGACAGCAUGAGACGCUUCCAGCAAGUACACUACGACCUGAAGCGAAACGACGACAUCGUCUCGUUCUUCAACGACUUUAGCGAUCACCUGGCGGAGGAGGCAUUAUGGGAACUCUCGCUCAAGAUCAAACCCCGAAACAUCUCGCGGCGCAGGACGGAGCGAGAGGAGAAGACCUAGAACCUGGAUCUAGACCAUUCACGGUGAGACCCGAACCUCCUGCAGAUCCUUGGGAGCCCGCACAAAGCCGUUUUCAGUUCUUUAUGCGAUCCUGAAGGCGAUUUUGCACCAGUAAACCGAGACAUUGACAGUAUUUUCCCUGGAGAGAUGACUAUUAACUCAAAAGCGGGAUAAACUCAGUAUAAACAUACACUCACGGAGGACCCGAACGCUGUGAUAUAAAGCUAAAUCUUCUGUUUGCGUGUGUGUGCAGAAAGACACACUCUGAGAGGACUUAUUUGAUAUUAAAACACUGUGCCUGAUGUUUAUUUGUCCGCUCGGACGUAACGUUCGGCCUUGCGAGGUCAUUAAACCUACGAUUCGCCCUUUUAAAACUGUGCAAAGCGUAUGAUUGGGAAACGGGCGGACAUGUGCAAUCUAUAAGCGUUUUAUAAGGAAUAUUCACUGAUUGGUUAAAAAGAGAGUGCGUUUGGACUGAUUUAUGGACUAUAUGGUAUAUAUUGAUUCAAUAAUGUAAGAAUAAACCAGAUGUUUGGACUCGUUUGGGGUUUUUUUCGUGUCGUUUUGCUAUUGUUUUGUGCGCAACCCUUAUUGUAAUUGUUUCCCGUCGCAAUGCUGACAGCCCCUCCAUCCAGAUCUGUCAAAGACAUGCUAUUUUUUAAUAAACAGACAGACUUGUUUUAUAUGUGCAAUUUGCAUUUUGGACUUUUUACGUGUAGCUAAUAUGUAGCUAUGGAAAAUAUUAAACGCCAUUUGGAAAAUGCCGAUUUCGCUGGAUUUAUAUAAUAUAUAGUUGUGAUUUUUGUUUUAUUCUGUAAACUACUGCUGACGUUUCUUCCAAAUUUAAAAUAAAAAUAUCGUCAUUUUGGAGCUUUAAUUUCUUUUUAUUUUAUUUUUUGCAUAAAAUGACAUCAGAAUAACUCAUAUAAAAUUUUUGACCAUACAAAUUUGCUAAAUUGUACCUUUAAAAAUUGCUACAUCACUUUAACAUUUCAAUGCAUUAAAUUGCCAUAAUGUUUUUAAAUAAUCAACGGUCUUCCGUAAUAUUAUACUAAAUAUCAUCACUUUCAGCUUUUGAAAAUGUCGAUAAAAGUCCCUUUUCAACAUUAAAAGAAGAGAGAUCAAGGUCUUAUAAUCCAAUUCAAACAUUAAUUAAUAAUAUAAAUAUUAAUAUAAAUAAUUAUUGUCAUUUUAUGCAAACAAUAAAAUAAAAUAAUCAGGAUUAUUUGAUAAAUAUUAAGUUCAGAAGAACAGAAAUGGAAUAUUUUGUAACAUUUAAUUAACAUUCCUCUAUAAUACACUCAUGAAAACUAUCAGUUCUGCCAAUUUAGUUUCAUUUAAUCCCUCUUUAACCAAUGCAAGUAUGAAUUUCUUCUAAAAAAUAUCAUUUUAUGCACCUUUUGAACAGCGCUCUAUUAGUAAAAAAGCUAAACAAUAAUGAAUAAAAAAUGUCAAAUUUAGCAAAUUUGUAUGGUCGAAUUAUUAAUAUAACUAGUUUUUGUGUUACUUUAUGCAAAAAACAAAAGAAAAAAAUACAAAUCUGGAUUAUUUGAUAAAUAUAAAGUUUAGAAGAACAAAAAUUGAAUAUUUUGUAACAUUUAAAAUGAUAAUAUCUAUAAUACACUCAUAAACGCUAUAAAUACUGCCAAUUUAGAUUCAUUUAAUCCCCCUUUAAGCAAUGCAAGUAUGAAUUUUUCAACAUCGAUAAUUUUACACUCCUUUUGAACAGCGUUCUAUUAGAAAAAAGCUAAACAAUAAUAACAAUAAUGUAAAAUUUAGCAAAUAUGUAUAAUCAAAAUCAAAAAAGAUAAGAAAUAAAUAAAAUCUGGAUUAUUUGAUAAAUAUUAAGUUCAGAAGAUAAGAAAUGGAAACCUUUGUAACAUUUAUAAUUAUCAUAUCUAUAAUGCAAUCAUAAACACUAUCAAUUCUGCCAAUUUAAAUUCAUUUAAUCCCUUUUUAAACGAUGCAAGUAUGAAUUUCUUUAAAAAACUGAUUUUUUACACUGAAAUAUGACUAAAUUAACUGUUUUCCAUAUUUUGUGAUUCAUUUAGUUUUUUUCUUCAUUUAUUUAUGCUUUGGAAUUACAUUAUGAGACCUCUUUUGAUGUUGAAAUGAGACUUUUAUUGAUAUUUUGAAAAGCUGAUAAUCGUGAUAGUUUAAUAUUAUGUAAUCCUGUUAAUUAUUUCAAAAUAAAAUGAUGGUAAUUAUAGUGAGAUGUUGAAGUAACACUAACUUAAAAUUGACAAAAACAAAGCAAUAACAACAAAGUCAUAAUUAUAAUUACAAGUAUUCAUUUAACCAGAUUAAGGUCAAGUAGAAAUUCUGAUACAUUUAGUAGUUCAGUAGUUAAUGACAUCACAAGUUCACUUUUGAGAUAAAAAAAAAAAACGAUUUAUACAGAUAUUAUUAUUAAAUAUUAUUGUUUUGCUUUCUUUCCUAAUAGAGCGCUGUUCAAAAAGUGUUUAAAAUGAUUGGCGAUGAGAAAUUCAUGCUUGCAUUGCUUAAAGAGGGAUUAAAUGAAUCUUAAGUUGUCGUCAUAGUGUUUAUGACCGCAUUAUAGAUAUUAUAAUUUUUAAUGUUACAAAAUAUUCCAUUUCUGUUUGUCUGAACUUAGUACUGAUGAAAUAAUCCAUUUUUUUUGUUUUUCUUAAAAAAAUUUAAAAAAUAUAUAAAUAUUUCAAGCAUACAAAUUUGCUAUAUUCUAUAAAAAGUGCAUAAAAAGUAUAAAGUUAUUGUUAUUGUUUAGCUUUUUUCUAAUAGAGCGCUGUUCAAAAGGUGCAUAAAAUUAUUAUUUUUUAAGGAAUUCAUAUUUGCAAUGUUUAUCGAGGGAUUAAAUGAAUCUAAAUUGCUAGCAUUUAUAGCGUUUAUGAGUGCAUUAUAAAAAUUAUCAUUAUAAAAUUAAUUAUAAAAGGAUUCCAUUUCUGUUCUUCUGAACUUAACAUUUAUCAAAUAAUCCAGAUUAUUUUUCUUUUUACUUUUUUUUUUUUUUUUUCAUAAAAUGACACAAUUAAUUGAUAUACAUUUUUCGACCAUGCAAAUUUGCCACAUUUUACAUUAUUAUUAUUAUUUAGCUUUUUUCUAAUAGGGCGCUGUUCAAAAGAUGCAUAAAAUGAUUGGCAAUAAGAAAUUCAUACUUGCAUUGCUUAAAGGUGGAUUAAUUUAAUCUAAGUUGUCAGUAUUUAUAGUGUUUAUGAGUGCAUUACAGAUAUUAUAAUUCUAAAUGUUACAAAAAUUUUCCAUUUCUGUUUUUCUGAACUGAAUAUCGAUCAAAUAAUCCAGAUUUUAUUUCUGUAUAUUGUUUGUAAAAAAAUGACUCGUAUAAUACAUAUAAAUAUCUCGACCAUGCAAAUUUACUAAAUCUUACAUUUAAAAAGUGCCACAUUAUUAUUAUUGUUUAGCUUUUUUCUAAAUGAGCGCUGUUCAAAAGGUGCAUAAAAUAAAAGAAAUUCAUACGUUCAUUGCUUAAAGGUGAAUUAAUUAAAUCUAAAUUGGCAGCAUUUAUAGUGUUUAUUUACCCUUUAUGACCACAUUAUAGAUAUUAUGAUUUUAAAUGUUUAAUAUUUAUCAAAUAAUCCAGAUUUUUUUUUCUUUUUAUUAUAUUUUUCAUGAAAUUACACACAAAUAAUUAUAUAAAUCUGUCGACCCUGUAAAACCAACGUUAAGUAAUAAAAUAUGGCUCCUCUGUAAAUGUCAAUGUUUGUGUAAUUUGGAAGAAAAUGUAUCAUUAUAAUCCAGAGAAAGUUUUCAAGUGGCCUCUUAAUAUUUUUCAUAUAUAAAAUGCUUGAUUUUCAAAAUGCAAAACCCUUUAUAGCCUUGUUUCUUCCUCCCAUAUUAAUUUAUAAACCCAUUUUGUAUUGUUUUGGUGUUUGGAUUGAUGCAUAAAACUGACCCGAGCGUUUAUUGGAUCAAAUGAUGAUGUCACAGAGGGGCGGGGCUUGUGUUCUUGAUUCUUUUGCGAUGUGUAUGAUAUGACCUGUAUAAAUGUACGUGUACAGUCGUGAUGUAUAAUCUCUAAUCAUGCAGAGGGCAGUUAUGAGGACAUAUAUUUUCAAAGCAAACCAGACAUGCACUAAAAUAACUAACAAUAUACAGCAAAAACAAACACAAGGACUGAAUAUGCUGUGAUCUCUGGCCGUCAGAGAGUGUGUGUGUGUGUGUGUGUGAAUGUGGUUUUUCUACAGAAUGUCGUUAUUGACUUGGGAGAAAGUGUGUGUGUGUGUGUGUGUGUGUGUGUGAUAAUGUUUACCGUCUCCUGGAAAUUGUUUUUUCCUGUUACACCUAAUAGCAUCCUGUAUAUUCUACCACCAAUAAAACUGCUCUCUUUGUA